AUGACCAAGUUAAACACUGCCUCCGUCUCCCUGGCUGUCACGCCGACGGUGGUCUCUACGCUGUUGUCGCAUGUUGUCAACAGAAAACCGUUGCAGCAGCGACCCACUGCACACUUGUCGUAUCAUGAAGGCCUUCACCUCAUCCGAUCGUUCUUGGAGUUUGCAUCGCAUCACACCGUGGAGGAGCUGCAGGCAUUCACGUCUCAAUGGGUGCCUCAUCCACAGUGGGUACGAGUCGACCUUGAAAAGAUACCUCUUGAAUGUCUGGAUCGGUCGGCGAGCUUGAUCCAGGCGCAGCUAGGGCCUGGGGGCAUCGCUCAAGUGGGCGGCCGACAAUGGUGGCAGUGGCGGAGGCCCGAUUCGCCUCUCGAGGCGGAAUGGAUCGAGAUGAAGGCGCAGUACAAGGCCAGAAAGGCCGCCAACGAUGCAGGUCGGCGCGUCAUGCUCUACGUCCACGGGGGCGCCUACUUUUUCGGAAGCGUUGACGAGCACAGAUACCAGAUGCAGCGCCACGCGCGGAAGCUCAAGGCUCGAGUUUUUGCUCCAAGGUAUCGCCUAGCGCCGCAAUUCCCGUUCCCGUGCGGACUGCACGACUGCCUGGCGGCCUACUUGUUUCUCCUUUCCGUCCAGCACCCGAGCACCAUCAUCCUGGCUGGUGACUCUGCAGGCGGCGGCAUGGUCCUGUCCAUGCUGUGUGUGCUGAGGGAUCAGGGAAUACCUCUGCCGGCUGGGGGCAUUCUGAUCAGUCCAUGGGUCGACCUGACGCACUCCUUCCCAAGCGUCGACGCAGAUGCCCCCCUGGACUACAUUCCGCAGGCUGGCUUUCAUCACAAGCCUUCUCGUGCUUGGCCUCCACCGAACGACGAUGACGUUGCCUUGCUUCGCCGCGAGGCGGAAAAGCGUAUAGCUAGCCUGGCGCAGGAAUCUUCCCUGAAAGCUGGUCUUUCCGAAAGCAAAAAGCGCCCGGAUGACAACGGCGAGGCCGUUGAGUCCGGCCAGCUAGGCGACUUGCCAGGCGAUGAAGAGGGACACGCCAAGUAUCUGUCGGUGACGAUCAAUGAGAAGCCUUGCAUCAUCAAGGAUCAGAUUCAGAUGUACACCACGAAUGCUCUCCUCAACCACCCACUCGUGAGUCCGAUAAUGCAGACAACACUGGGGGGCCUCCCCCCUUUAUUGGUCAUGGUAGGAGGCGCGGAACUCUUGCGUGACGAGCAAAUAUACUUGGCUCACAAGUGUGCCAACCCGGCUCAGUAUGCGCCGCCAUCAGAGUCGCUCUCGCAGAGGGAGCGCGAAUCGCUACAGAAAUACGCACCCACCUGCGUCCAGCUGCAAGUGUGGGAUGACCUGUGUCACGUUGCGCCUACGCUCAGCUUCACAAGACCUGCCAAGCUGAUGUACCGAUCCGUUUCCCAAUUCGGAGCUUGGGUGCUUGCUAGAGCCCAGAAAAGGGGAAUUGACAUACCCGAUGACGACGAUAUUUCGGUCAUUUCAAGCUCUGCGUCGGAGAAUGCACUCGCAGACAACGGCCAGCGCCGCAAGGAUGGAAUAAGCCGCGUCGACCCGGGGCACAUUGGCAAAGUCGGCGAUCCCUUGCCUCCUUUCAAAAACCACAUGAUUCGCCAACGGGUAACAAGGCAUGGUACUAUUCUGCCUCUUGCUCCAGAGACUGAGCUUCCUGGCUGCUGCGCAAAAGCGUCUGGUGUUGGAGUGGUCAAAGCAGGCACCGUCAAACGUUGGUUAGCGACGCGAAAGCAGUGGGAUCAAGAGUACGCUUCGACCAAAGCCAAGGUGCACAAGAAGAUUAUCAAGGACUUGGUGAUAGGCUUCCAAGAUUUCGGUCCCGAUGAACAUCCGCCGCCGACGGCGCUCGCUGGCAGACGACUGAUCAAGGAGGACAUUGUGGAGAAGAGGAAGACCAAGAGCCUGGGCCUGGCCCUUUGGGCCCUCUGGGGCUCCAAGCACGAUGAAAUCACGGUCCAACGGCAGCAAGAAGUCGAAAAGACGUCCGAGGCGCAUGGUAUGCCAGCUGACGAGGGUAGAGGUACCCGAUCUCACCAGGACGGUGAACCUCGACAGCCGGGGCGAACCGCGAGCGACCGCCGUGGAUCCCGCAGUCGCACGGUCGUUGACGAGCAUCAGACAGACGGGACGACGGAGGUGGCUCGGCUGAUCGAGCAACGAAAAGAGCAAGAAGCCGCCCGUCCUGGGCUUCUCAGCCCCAACUACGUCCCCGAGACUGGCGUCGCAGGCAAGCGCCCCUUUAUCGACGGCGUCGCAUUACCAUUCAGCCUAAAGAACCCUGCCGAGACAGCGAGCAUGGUCACUUUACACUCUGCCAUGGCGCCCGCUACUCCUCGUCCGCUAAGUCCAUGA